UAAAUAUGAUGUAAAUAAAACUGACCAGUCCCAGUCCUACCCUACCCAGUCACGUUAUAGCAGGUUGAGGUUUGUAAUUGCUGAUACUGAACCCAGAGCUACUGGCAGAUGAAACAGAGUACUGAUACUCCACGAAUCAGUUGGUGAGUUUCUUUUCGGUGAUUUUUUAAAAUCUGUUUAAUGUUUAAUGAUAAAUCAAAUCAGCCGAGUUCAAUUUGAAGCAAAUCCCCCACUGUAAACCACAUGCCACUCAGUCAAACCUGUAGGAGUCGUACUGAGGAACUGUCCUGAGGAAGAUGACAAACAUCAAUUUAGAUGGUCUUAUAAAAAAGAAACGUCACCUAUUGUACCUGAGAUGUGUUUUGUAACCUGCUGACUAGUCAGACUGGUUUUUUAAGUAAGGUGUUUCCGGGUAUAUGUUCUAAAUAUAAAAUAGUUUUCACAGUUAGUAUCUGCUUCGUAUGGUAAGAAUGAGCAUAUCCUAGCACCAAGGCAAUCGAGAAAGGAAAAGCAGCUAUACAUACAUAAAUAAUUGAUGCUUAAAAGUUACAUGUUAUAAACUUAAUGAUUACAGUAACUUAUAUGCAUUUUUCUAUUAAUUACUUUAAUUAAGGCCAUCAAGAAUUUGACCAUUUUGAAAGGGAAUUGUAGAUGCAUUAGUUUUCACCUGCCUUUUUGACUGUUGUUGACAAAACUGUUUGGGUUAAUGUGCAUGAUAAUAAUUUUCAGUGAUGUAUAUUUACUUAUUAAAUAGAAGAAAAAAAGGAAAAGAAUAGAAUUGAGAAAGUCAUCAUAUGUAGUGUAUGUGAUAAAUACAGUGAAUUAAAAGGUUGAGAAAUUGUUAAGGAGAUGCUGAUUUUUUCUGACAGAUGACUCAUAAACCUUGACCUGCACUGAAACUCAGUACUAAGCAUCCAAAGAUGAUCCGUUCUCAAAUCAAAAACUCCACCAGGCUACACAGAGCCAUUCAGCCACCAGUAACUCAGCUGCGGUUGGUGCUGCUGGGAAGAACAGGUUCAGGUAAAAGUGCCACUGGAAACACCAUCUUGGGUACAAAAUGUUUUCAGUCUAAACUGAGCAUGAGCUCAGUAACAAAUCAAUGCCAGAAGGAAUGUGGGGUAGUUGAGGGGCGGAACCUAGCAGUGAUUGACACUCCAGGCUGGUUUGACACAUCCCUACAGCAAAGUGAGAUAAACCAGGAAGUGCUAAGAGGUCUGGCGAUGUGUUCACCUGGACCACAUAUAUUUCUGCUCAUCAUACCAAUCGCUCGUUUCACAAAGGAGCAGCAGCAGACUGUUGAUAUGAUUACAGCAGUAUUUAAGGAGAACAUCAUUCGUCACACAAUCAUCAUCUUUACCCGAGCAGAUGAACUUGAAGGAGAGACAAUUGAGCAGUUUAAAUCCAGACAGGGCGAAAAAAUCCAGGAUCUUAUUGCACGAUUUGGUGGGCAUUUCUUGGCUUUUAACAACAAGGACCCAGAGAAUCGAGACCAGGUGAAACAGCUACUGAAGAAGCUGGAUGAGUUGCUCAAACAGAAUGAGUACCAUCACUUCACUUACCAGAAAACUCAGAUGCGGUUGGUGCUGGUGGGAAGAACAGGUUCAGGUAAAAGUGCUGCUGGAAACACCAUCUUGGGUACAAAAUGUUUCCAAUCUAAACUGAGCAUGAACUCAGUGACAAAGCAAUGCCAGAAGGAAUGUGGGGUAGUUGAGGGGCGGAACCUAGCAGUGAUUGACACUCCAGGCUGGUUUGACACAUCCCUACAGCAAAGUGAGAUAAACCAGGAAGUGCUAAGAGGUCUGGCCAUGUGUUCACCUGGACCACAUGCAUUUCUGCUCAUCAUACCAAUCGCUCGCUUCACAGAGGAGCAGCAGCAGACUGUUGAUAUAAUUACAGCAGUAUUCAAGGAGAACAUCAAUCGUCACACAAUCAUCAUCUUUACCCGAGCAGAUGAACUUGAAAGAGAGACAAUUAAGCAGUUUAUAUCCAGACAGGGCGAAAAAAUCCAGGAUCUUAUUGCACGAUUUGGUGGGCGUUUCUUGGCUUUUAACAACAAGGACCCAGAGAAUCAGGACCAGGUGAAACAGCUUCUGAAGAAGCUGGAUGAGUUGCUCGAACAGAAUGAGUACCGUCACUUCACCAACCAGGAAACAGAAGCUGUAGAGAAAGCACUAUUAAUGCUGAAAGAGAAAAAUCUAGAAAAAUCAAUUGAGAAGGCCAAGCAGGAAGUAAGGCAAAUCGGUGAACGACACAAGGCUGAAAUCAACAAAGCCCUGGAGAUGGACAAGCAAAAGGUAGAACAGCAAAGGCAUCACACCCAGAGUGAAAUCCUCCGUUUAACCGCAGAAAUAAAUAAGGAAUCUGAAAACCUUUAUGAAAGUCAACACAGGCUGCAGUCACUGCGUAAAUCUCUACAGAGUGCAGAAAACCAACUCACAAAGCUGGAGGAAGAGAAACACAUGAAAAUAAAGGAAAGUGAUUUGGAGAUAAAUAAUGUCAAAAAAUGGAUCAUAGAAGAAGAGCAAAGGAGAGAGCAAGAGGAGAAAGAAAAAGCUUCAAAUGAGGAUGAAAGCAAAUGGUAUUUGGAUGAAAAAUAUUUCACUAUUCUGAAGUACCUCAUCUUGUUUGCGGGAGGUGCUGGAGCUGGGCUUCUGUUGGGACCUGCAAUUUUUCUAGCCCCUGCAGCACCUGUAGGUCUGUUAGCCGAGUUAACUGCACUGCUCGGACCAGAGCUUGCAGCCGCAGUGAUGGCAGCAGCUGCAAAAGCAGCUCCUAUAGUGGGUGUGGCAACAAAGGUAGCUCCACUGGUGACUGGUCUCUGUUCCAUUCAGUAAAACACAAACAAAUACAUGUAUCUGUCUCAUCCUGUAAGUUUGGACGAAUCUAUAAAGUCACUGUAUUGUAGUCCAGCAUUUUUUAAUGUAGAAUUCAUGUUUUUCUAGAGGGCAAAGUAGUUUUUCAUUUCUUUUGUUUUGUAUGUGAGAGUAAAUCUUGUGCACCUCACGAUGGACUAAAUGUUAUUUUGCCUGUUCCCUACAGUACAAUGAGUUUAACACCUCUGCUCUAGUCUAUGUGACGGUAAUAUCGCAUAUACAGAAACAAUACUCAUAACACGUUUUAUUAGUAAUUUUUGCAUGUACUAAUCACAGUCAGUGUACCGCUUGCAUUUUCUACCCUCUAGUACAUGCCUUUUUUUAAAUGCAGCAGUUACUUUACAUUUUAUUCCUAACAUAAAAAAGCCAUUACAUUAACUAGAAUUGUAAUCCUAUUACUUUAAUUUUUAUAUAUUACUACAGUAUAUACUAUGUUUAUAUACUACUAUUAUCAGUACAUAUUUGCAUUAAUCAGAUACAAAAGUGUGUUUUAAUGAUACAAUGUGUUUAUAGACAUGUAUCAUUUGAAAUAAAAGGAUUUUCUCGAUUUUAA